GAUGAUGUUCUGAUGGAUGGUAAUGAAGAUAUCAUUCCUGCUGUGAAAGGACGGAGGCACGAUGCGACGAACGACAUCCUUCGCGAGGGUUUUGUGAAAAUGGAACACCUUGUGCAUGAGCUCAGUCGUCAAACCUCCAUCCCCACCCAUCAAGUCAUCUCAUUAUGGCACAAGAGCCAUGCUCGCGGCAUCAAUGGUGUUAACCAUUGGAACGCAUAUAGCGGCUACUUCAAGGAUAAUCUUAAGCAGGAGCUUGCCAGACUCGGUGGCAAGGCUCCUGAUGUACCAGGAACACCAAGCGCUACUGUACGCCGUAACUGCUAUGAGCUAUUUAAAGCAGCGUAUCCGGACACCUGGCAGACUAUCCUAGAGUACCACGGCCAGUCUGUACUUCUUAGUGGUGUCCCUCAGACCGUUGCCAUGCGCGCACAGGAGUUUCAAAAGUUUUUUAAGAAGAUCGUUGCUGUGGUAUGUACAUCUCAACUUGUAGUAUUAUAA